AUGAUGCCCUUCGCCUGGGUGCAACUCUGCAUUGCUCUUGUUCUCGCAAGCUCAAAUAUGGCAUUCAGCAUGUCCGCUUAUGAGGAAGUGGAGCCUGGGGAAUAUUCCACGUUCGAUGAGACCGACAGAGAUUAUCCACAACAGAGCUUGCUGACGCACAAGCGGGCUCCAGCGCCGGGCAUGUGGCGGACUGCGAAAAGGUAA